AUGGCACCCCGGGGUCUACCAGAGGCUAUACCAGCCAAGAUAUCGCUCCUCAAUCUUCAGAACUGCUUUGUCAAUCUGCCGCCUUUGCUGUGUUCUUCGCUUGACAGUCUGAAUACGCCGCCGCAAAAUGUCUUGAUCGAACUCUCAUAUGAAGAUCUUACUUCUCGUGACGUAUCAGAGGCAUCCAACUCCAUACCAUCAAGAUCCGCCUUUCUUGGAUGGACAGGACUACAGAGUCGACAGAGAUCUCACUCAUCAGAAGAACCGCAAAGCUUGAGUAGAAAUACAAGCCGCCCCAACAAUAGAGGAUCAUCCUGGGUGGACAUCGAUGCCGCGUUCGCUCGGACCUUAGGUCUUUCCGAUGGACAAGAGGUCACUAUUGUAUUGCAUUUAGAACCUCCCCUGGUGAGCACCGUCCAUAUCGAGCCUCUUACACCAGAGGACUGGGAGAUUAUCGAACUUCACGCCAGCUUCUUAGAGUUCAACCUGAUCAGACAAGUUCGCGCUUUGCCCAAACCAGGCUACAAUCGAACCGAGGGUGCACAAGACCACCCUAUAACUCUCCAUCUGACCCCGACAACAACAGCAAAUAUCAAGCUCGUUUCUCUCCACCCUCCUACAGACUCACUAUUUGCGAGGCUGGACCCCAAUGCAGAAGUCAUUAUUGCACCAAAAUCAAGACAGAGGCCUUCUCGUACUCACUCACGAGCAGAUAGUAACGGCAGGACCAGCGAAUCCCCCCACAUGAAGCUAUUUCUCAGAGGAGUUGAUAGAGCACGUCUUGCAGAUCUGUUUGAUCACCAGCAAGAUCCGAAUGAAGGCUUAAAGAUCUGGGUCGACAGUAAUACACGACUCACCGCACUGACGAAAGGAAUUAGUUGGGUAUCCGUAUCGAUCCUCCAUCAACCAACUUUCCAAGUCAAGUUUAAUCACAGAUAUGGUCAAGACGGCGCGGAUGGGCCAAGUGCCGCUUGGGUUUCUCCAAAAGUUGUAGCCAGGCUGGAAGAAUGGAAAGAUGCUCCAGACAACUACCACGCUGCUCUAUCCUCCGCACUCUGUGUAGCGUUGGUUUCGGGGGGCAUGGUUGGAGUCCCCAUCAAGAUUGAGUCUGCCCCUGUAGAACAGGCCUCAGCUGCUCAAAAGGUUCAUUUUUAA